CCUCUGGAGGACAUGCGCCUGGGACUCGACACGUGAUCCGCUCGCCACAAUCCAGUAUGGCGGAAUCCGUCGGCGAGUGGAUCCGUCGUUGGCGCGCUCUCCAACGGGAAUAAAGUCCGGAGCGUUGCGUCCGAUCGCGGCGGAGCUGCGGAGAGUUCAAUCUUAUCGAGCGAAGAGGAACCGACGCACAGAGCUGGAUUACGGCCAGAGGGGGCACUAUGAGCCUCUGAGAUCGUCCUUUCUUUCCCGUCCCGUGUCUCUUUUGACUCGUCUUCCCAUUCAACAGUGGAUGGUGACCAGCCAACAAGCCCCAGAGGAGCCGUGAGGUGUUUCUCACAUCCUCAUCUGCCAGGACACGCUCCUCUCAUUAUCAAGCCAGUCACUUCAGAGAAAGCUGCCACCUUCGUCACAAUGAGUUCCCACAGCCGCCCAGAUGGACUUCCCAGUAAAGAACAGCCACUGGAACUUCUGAAGCCAUCUGGAGUCAAUCACAUUCCUCCUGUUGAUGUGAGUGCGGCGCUGCCACUGCAAGUGCCGCCUUCUGCCAUCCCCAUGGACCUGCGUGUGGACCACCAGUUCGCCCUGGCGCCGUCGGACCCGGCCCAGCGCGAGCAGCAGCUGCAGCAGGAGCUUCUGGCCCUCAAGCAGAAACAGCAGAUACAGAGGCAGCUCCUGAUCGCAGAGUUUCAGCGGCAGCACGAGCAGCUCUCGCGCCAGCAUGAAGCACAGCUGCAGGAGCAUGUCAAGCAUCAGCAGGACCUCCUGGCCCUGAAACAUCAGCAGGAGCUCCUAGAACACCAGCGGAAGUUGGAGCGCCAUCGUCAGGAACAGGAGCUGGAGAAACAGCAGCGGGAACAGAAGCUCCAGUUGCUCAAAAACAAAGAACGUGGCCAAGAAAGCGCUGUGGCGAGCACUGAGGUGAAGAUGAGGUUGCAGGAGUUUGUCCUCAACAAAAAGAAAGCGCUGGCCCAGAGGAGCCUCAACCACUGCCUGCCCAACGACCCACGCUACUGGUACGGGAAAACCCAGCACAGCUCCUUGGACCAGAGCUCGCCACCUCAGACAGGGAUUUCCACUUACAACCACCCGGUGCUGGGAAUGUACGACCCCAAAGACGACUUCCCGCUCCGCAAGACGGCAUCUGAGCCCAACCUGAAGCUUCGAUCCAGACUGAAGCAGAAAGUUACGGAGCGCAGAAGUAGCCCGCUGCUUCGGAGGAAGGACGGGCCGAUCACCACUGCGAAGAAGCGCUCUCUGGACAUGGCAGAAUCGGCAUGCAGCAGCGCUCCUGGUUCUGGUCCGAGUUCACCUAACAACAGUUCAAACAACAUUACCAAUGAGAACGGCAUCGCUGGAUCGAUCUCUAGCAGUCCAGUGGAGCCAUCUUUGGCGCACAGACUCACGGGCAGAGAGGGUCCUGUUAGCCAGCUGUCUCUGUACACAUCGCCCUCCCUUCCCAACAUCACCCUGGGCCUGCCAGCCACCGGCCCCUCCAGCGUGGCGUCUGGCCAACAGGAUGGUGACAGAAUGGCAGUGCCAGGCUUGCAGCCAGGAAUACCCAUAACCACUCCGUUCAUGCCAGGAGCCCACCUGCCUUCGUACCUGGCUGCGUCCAACUUAGAGCGGGAGGGCGGCUCGGCACACAACACCCUCCUGCAGCAUAUGGUGCUUCUGGAGCAGUCGGCCGCACAGAACUCCCUGGUCGCAGGCCUGGGGGGCGUGUCCCUGCAGUCGCAUCCCAUCCACAAGCUCCGGCAGCAUCGGCCCCUCGGGCGCACGCAGUCGGCCCCCCUACCCCAGAAUGCCCAGGCUCUGCAACAGCUGGUGGUUCAACAGCAACACCAGCAGUUCCUGGAAAAACACAAGCAACAGUUCCAGCAGCAGCAGCUCCACAUCAGCAAGAUGAUGGCUAAGCCGAACGAGCCGGGCCGUCAGCACGAGAGCCACCCGGAGGAGACGGAGGAGGAGCUGAGGGAGCACCAGGGCCUGGGCGACUCCACGGAGGCUCUUCCUCACGGGGUCACCAUCAAACAGGAACCUCCCGAUGAGCAGGAUGAAGAGUUCCAGCAAAGAGAGAGGCAAGCCGAGGAAGAGCUGCUCUUCAGACAGCAAGCUCUCCUCUUGGAGCAACAGAGGAUCCAUCAGCUGAGGAACUAUCAGGCAUCUAUGGAAGCGGCCGGUCUGUCUGUGACCUUCCCAGGCCAUCGGCCCCUGUCCAGAGCACAAUCAUCCCCGGCCUCUGCAACCUUUCCUAUUGUGGUGCAGGAACCUCCAGCCAAACCGCGCUUUACCACCGGUCUGGUGUACGACACCCUGAUGCAGAAACACCAGUGCAUGUGUGGAAACAGUAACAUCCACCCCGAACACGCCGGGCGCAUCCAGAGCAUCUGGUCACGACUGCAGGAGACGGGGCUGCGCGGACAGUGUGAGUGCAUUCGAGGCAGGAAAGCCACUCUGGAGGAGCUUCAGACGGUCCACACUGAAGCCCAUGUGCUGCUUUACGGAACCAACCCUCUCAGACAGAAACUGGACAGCUCAGUGACACCCAUGUUCGUGAGACUGCCGUGCGGAGGAAUCGGGGUUGACAGUGACACUAUCUGGAAUGAAGUGCACUCGUCCAGUGCUGCUCGUCUGGCCGUGGGAUCUGUAGUGGAUCUGGUGUUUAAAGUGGCUUCAGGAGAGCUGAGGAACGGCUUUGCUGUGGUACGACCUCCAGGACAUCACGCCGAGGAAAGCACUCCCAUGGGAUUUUGCUAUUUCAACUCGGUCGCCAUUGCAGCCAAACUCCUGCAGCAGAGACUCAACGUCAGUAAGAUUCUCAUUGUAGACUGGGAUGUUCACCAUGGAAAUGGGACUCAGCAGGCCUUCUACAGUGACCCUAACGUGCUGUACGUGUCUCUCCAUCGCUACGAUGACGGGAACUUUUUCCCUGGCAGUGGAGCCCCUGAUGAGGUGGGCAUCGGUCCAGGCAUGGGCUUUAACGUGAACAUGGCCUUCACCGGAGGUCUGGAGCCACCCAUGGGAGACGCAGACUAUCUGGCAGCAUUCAGGACGGUGGUGAUGCCAAUCGCGAACGAGUUCGCUCCAGACGUGGUGCUGGUUUCUUCGGGCUUCGACGCUGUGGAGGGGCAUGCACCGCCUCUGGGAGGAUACAAGCUCACGGCCAAAUGUUUUGGCUACCUGACCAAGCAGCUGAUGGGACUGGCCGGCGGCCGGCUGGUGCUCGCACUGGAGGGGGGUCACGACCUCACCGCCAUUUGCGAUGCCUCCGAAGCAUGUGUUUCUGCUUUGCUUGGAAACGAGUUGGACCCUCUUCCUGAAGACGUGCUACAACAGAGGCCGAACUCCAACGCCAUCCACUCCAUGGAGAAAGUUCUGGAAGUCCACAGUAAAUACUGGCGCUCGCUGCAGAGAUCUGCCUCGACUCUGGGCUACUCACUGCUGGAGGCUCAGAGAUGUGAAACUGAAGAGGCAGAGACGGUGACCGCCAUGGCCUCCCUGUCUGUGGCCAACAAGCACAUUGGAAAGAGGACAGAGGAGGAGCCUAUGGAAGAGGAGCCUCCAUUGUAGAAGGUCCGAUCGACUGCCUUGGUGACCCUCUCGGCUCAGAGCCUCUUCAAGGCCUCUGACGUCGCUCUACUCUCUCCAUCCCGUUUCAUUUUUUGUCCCACGAUGUGCGCGCUUUGAGCACGGGAUCCGAAACGGCCUGAAGAAAUCUCCGUGACACCCAGAGCGCGACAAACGUCUCGGCCGUGUUAGUCUGUCUCUGUCCGUGGCAGAACGUCCGGGACCGUGUAACCUGGUCUGUCCGCAGGGACACUUAACUAAUUUUGAGCAGGACAUAGACUCACGUUUCAUUGUUAGAUGUGAGAGCUGGUGCUUUCGACAUGAACUUUUUCAUUGUUUUCCAGAGCCACUAUAUGACUGAUUUCGGCUGUUACGGCCUACGUUUUUUUAUUUGUCGUCUCUCUCUCUGUUCGUUUGUCUGUCUUUCUUUUAUCCUUGGAGAAAAAAAAAAAAAAAAAAAAACGGACUCGUUCCAUUCGCAAUUCGAAUAACUGCUUCACGAGGGUGGACGAUGUGAUCGGGAGAGCGAUCGAGGGAUUCUGGGAAGCCCGACGGAGAGUCGACAAUGCGAGUUUGUGCCUUUUUCAAAAGAUGGAUCCAGAAGAACAUUGCCUUAAACUAGUUACAGGAGGGAAGACGUCUCGCCGUCUCGGUAUUUCUUAACAAGGCUGGCCUGAAGAAUCGAGAAACCCUCAGCAUGUUUACCAGGAACUCCCUGCAGAUAUCUUCAUGUUUCAUACGCAUUAUGACCUGUUUUCUGUUCCUUCAUUUUUUACUGUGCUUGUGUUGGACGUUACAUGACUUUAAGUGUCACUGACAAACUUUAAGGUAGUUGCCAGCUAUCCAAGGGCAUAAACGUUCGAUCGAAUUCUCCAGCGCUUUAGACAGCAAGCCAAUGUAGCGACUCGUUUCAACUCUUAAUGACCAAAUACGCACCUCCUCCUCCGAAAAGUUGACCAGCAUGCAGCUUUCCAUCUGCCAAGUUACGAAUUCAACCGUCGUAGUUUAUCAGCGCCGACAAGCAUGAGUUUUAGCUGCGAGCAUAUAGGAUAGGGCUGCGAUGACCUCGCGUCAUACGAUUUGUAGUUCGAGACAGACUUUCUAUUUUUCCUUCUCUCGACACGUUGUACUUUUAUAUAGCUAUGAAUGUCUAGUAUUCCGGUUACUUUACAGUUAAUCAAAGGGCACUAGCAUAUCACUACUAUUAUUCUACUCAGCAGAUGGUCAGUUUUAUUGACACCUUCGAAAACAAGCGGAAAAGGGCUGGUUACCGAUUUUAAAUGUACCACUGAGCCUUCAGACGUGCCACCUGGUGAGAUUUAGCGCUGGUUUCCUGCCGACCUGGCCUGAGCGAGGAGGGUUACGGGCCUUUCGCUAGGGGCGGGUGCUACCGAACAUGUGCCCGUCACAUGACACAAUCCAGGAAGUAGCGGGACCACCAGCUUCCACUCAGAAAACAAUCGUAACGCCUCUGAGACAACUGUGAUACUCAGACAAUCUGCAUGGGACAUUGACGUAGUUUCGGAGCCGCGGCAGCGCUCCGAAGCGGCACAUAGAACUGUAUAUAUACGCAAUUAUGCAUGCUGACAGUAGAUCGUUUGGCUUGACUUUGAUUGUACAUUGAACUUUUCGAUUCUGGACUGAUGAAGAGGCGAUAAUUUGUUUGACAGCCCCUGACUUGUGUUUAGCCUCUCGGCAACUACCUUCGGCAUUUUUUUUCUCUGUGUCAUGUUCAAUAUGAGAUGCAUUAAGGCGGGAGAUUUGACUCACUCGACUUCGUUUUUAUAUAUGCCUAUCACAUAUGACUACUCCACUUUGGGUUCGUACACCCGUUAUUUUCUUCGUUUGUUCGUAUUAAUGUCCAGUUUUUUUGUUUCGUUUUGUACUUUUUGGAUUAUUUACUUGUUCAUUUGUCAGUCUUUAUGUAGUUGACAAUGUGUUUUACAUGCUUCUGUCUUUAGUUUCUUGUUUUAGAGAGUAACAAGCCUUUUUUUUAAUUUGUUUUAUCUUGGUUUUUUUGUAUGCGGUGGGAGGGAGAUGCUUUUACUUUGUAUAAUGAUUCCGACAAUUGUGUAUUUACUACGUUCUGUUCAUAGUAGAUUUAUAUUACAAAGAUCUAUAGAUAUAUUAUAUAUUAUAAAGAUUGCAGACUCGAAUAAGAGAACUAGUAUUGCAAAGUGAUAUAUUUCAGUACGUGGUCUGGCUUCGGCCGUUGCUGGUUCCACUGAAGGCACUGUUUAUUGGUUUCAUGCAUUCACAGUAGCAUUACUCUGGCACCGUAUAAACUCUUGAUCAAACGGAUCUUUGUGGUUCCAGGCUUCAGUUAAACUCUAAAACAAAAUAUUAUGGACUGACACUGUACAUUUCCAUUGGUAUAAGUCCAUUUGGAUAGACCAACUAGACUAGAUGCUGACAUCACAGUGAUCCUUCUGUGGGGUACAUCCAAGAUGGAUUUUAGUUAUUUUAGCGUAUUUUGAAAUAGGUAUGAAUUACUUUAGCCUUUCACUUUCAACAACGUGUCCAGGUUCUAUCUCACCCGGAAAAAAUGACAUAAGAAAUUGCAUUUUGCUUAAAAAAAAAAAAUUAAAAACAAGGCCAACAAAGCGAAACAGGCUCAACCAAUGAUGUUAGUCUGGAGGUGUGGCUGUCUGUUUGUUUGACCAAUGGCAGACAUGGGAGUUUUUCAAAAUAUUUGGAGGUGCAGAAAUUAUACACACUGGUGUAGAAAUUGCAUGUAAAUUUCACACAAAAUUACAAUUUAACAAUUAAAUUUUGAAAACAACUUUAAAUAUGAAAUGAUGCAUUGUUUCAUAUGUAUUCGUUAAAUUGUGGUGGGAGAAAAUGUGCUUAGUUAUCAUGAUGACAAUUUCAUAAUGUGAGAAAUCGCCAAAAAACUUUAUGCGAAAUACAGUUCCUUAUUCGCAUCCUUUUUGAGAGUGGAAUGCAACCUGGACACGAUUGCGUGAGAUUGUUAGCGUUUCAUUUCGCGGUAACGAUAUCAGUGAUCGUUCUCUGGGGUUUUUUCUGUUUCGUAAAAAAUCUUGUUACUCUUAUCAAGCAUGAUCUAUUUUGGGCAUUUUUGCAGUAUCAUAUCCAGACCAAGCCCAUCGAAUCUCAUCCGAAUUGCUUUCAAGAAUGAAGUGCGAAGGCUGACACUGAUUUGAAAGUGUCCCGAAAACGUAAAGCGACAUUCCCAAAGAGUCUCAUAUUACUGUAGUAAUACUCAAACGGACCAUCACUACAAACCACUCUGCAAUAAUACUAACGGCAGCCUAUCAGUACAGUCUUGUCAAAGGGACACUUCUAUCCGGUUCAUCCGGAUAGUCAUUUUCAUUGCUCUUGUUUUAUAUAAAAAGAAAAAAAACUGCAUUCCAUUCGUUUUUUUUUUGUUUGUUUGUUUGUUUGUUUUUAAACCUUUCUUGUCAUUCCUGCUAAUUUGCCAUGAGGUCUGGCCUGAGCUGUUGUUUAUUUGCAGGCCAGGGUGAAGUUUCUUUCAUUCUCUUUCCUUCACAGCUGUAGAUUUCUGCAUGGUUUGUGCGUCAGCAUGCCUGUCUGUCCUUGUAACAUAUUUGCACAAAGGAGGAACACGGGAGGGUUAAGGCUAUGGAGGACGCAUGGGAUGGAAGCUCUUCUUUCCUCCUCUGUUUCUGGUCAGUAGUACACAGACGGAUUGAUGCUCUUGGUGUCCGAUGGAUGUGCUUUUUACUUGUUUAAAAAUGGAAUGAAAGAAAAAUGACUUUUGAAUAUUUUACAACAACAACAACAACAACAAGAAAGUUAUCUAGCACUUGUGACAAACAGACUAUAGACUUUAUUGUAUUUAUGUAGAGCAUUGUUUUAGGUGAACUACACACUAUGCCACACGUUAGACUGUCUGUGAGACUUCUUUUGCUUUCGUUUCUUUUCUGGUUUUUCUACUCUUCCUCGGGACGUAUUUUUGGGCCUGGAGGAAGACUAGGAAAAGAUUAGGGUCGUUCCUUUAGAAACAUCUGGAAUCAUCAAAGGGCUUUUUCCAGAUGCUUGUCAGAUAUAUCUUCAGUUUGUCCAAAAGACAAAAAAAACACUUAUCAGCCAGUAAUACCUGUGACCACUGUGGCUCGAGAACAGUUCUAGGUUUACAAAAUGUAAGAAAUGCAUAUUAUUUUUGUCACUUUGUUUUUCCAUUGUUACAAUAGAACUUUUUCUUGGGACCUUUGCUCUAACGUUUGUCUUUGACAUCAACUAUAAAGUUCCUUGUUUUUGAA